AGUCCAACUACAGUCGUAGUAGUUGGAAAAGAUCAUAUUUCCUAUCGUUAAAGUCACAGGACAUUAGUUGACUUGGACUACAUUUUUGGGCCACAUCUGUGCUGCAGUGCAGUAAAAAAACUCAGGACCCUCUCUCUAACCCCCACCCUCCUCUUAUUUCUCCCCUGUCCCUUCCCUUGGUAACUUGUUCAUGGUUAAAGGUUAACCCGAUCUAACCACUUCUUCCGUCUGGAUUCUCUUGCUUGGAUCGGUUCCUGUCUCAGCUGACACGUGUAUGGAUUCUACAGCUCGGUUCUGUUUUCGCUACAGUAUUUACUCUCACUAAAAUGGGCCGAAUUCUCGGGAUUCGAACUUUGUCGGACGCGAAAACGUGUGAUUUUGACGUUAUUACGUUAAAUAACGUCGUCAGCCUUAUCUACUCCGAUGAGGACAUAAUCAGAUCGUUUUGCUUGGUUUUACUAUGAGAAAAAAUGGAUAAAACAGGCAGAGGGUGGAAAAUGCUGAUUAAUAGAUAAUAAAUGGGUCGGAGGUCCAGAGAUUCUUAUUCACGGACUAAGGCGGUGUGUGUACAAACUACAUAAAUACUGUAUUUAUAGGGUCAGUCCUCCAGUUUAUUGGCUGUUUAAAGGUUUUUCGAUCAAUAAUUGAUCAAGAAAACUGUGCAGCAGCAGACCUGCAGCACUCGCAUAAAGUCUGACGCUGCAGUGUGCAACUUUUAUGCGUUUUGUUCUGUUUUGCUUCCUUUUUAUUAUUAUUUUUUUCUUACCGUAAUCAAACGACAUGAUCUGAGGAACUGGGUUGAGGACGUUUGAAACUAUAUGAUUAAAACCGUAGAUGAGUAGGUAAUGAAAUUGAAUCAAACAUGCCAUUUUUGGAAUUCUUUGCUGGGACUAUUUCAGGGGCGUUGGGAGUAGCGGUUGGAUAUCCAUUAGACACUGUGAAGGUUCGACUUCAGACACAGUCCGUGUAUAAAGGAAUAUUUCACUGUGUGGCUAAAACCUACCGUCAUGAAGGGUUCCACGGCUUCUUUAAAGGCAUGGCCUUUCCUGUGAUGACAACUGGUGUCAUCAACUCCAUUCUUUUUGGCUCUUACAGUUACGCCUUACAUUAUCUGACUCAAGGAUGGGACAAAAGCAAAAAAGCAUCCAAUGCACAAGUCUUGGCUGCUGGCUGUUUCUCAGGGUUAAUGCAGGUAUUUGCUAGUUUACCCACUGACCUGGUGAAGGUCCGCCUGCAGGGUCAAACAUCCUCUGAGAGAUACCGUGGACCGGUUCAUUGUGUUGCUGUAAUCCUGAAGGGCGAAGGAGUGCGUGGUCUGUAUAGAGGAGGCGUGCCCUACAUCCUGAGGGACGUCCCCUGCUUUGGACUCUACUUCCUGCCGUAUGAGUUCACGAGAAAAGCUCUGACGGCCACUGGCAAAGAUUCAGAUACUUUCGCAGUGCUAGUGGCUGGUGGCGUGGCGGGCGUGACGAGCUGGUGUCUGGCCACACCUAUGGACGUCAUAAAAUCCAGACUUCAAAUGUCAGGGGCAGGUGGGCCGGAGUACAGAGGAUUCCUCCACUGCAUUAGAGUGAGUGUGAGAGAGGAGGGAGUGAGGGUGCUCUUCAAAGGACUGCUGCUGAACAGUCUGAGGGCCUUCCCCGUCAACGCCGUCACAUUCCUGAGCUACGAGAGUCUGAUGAAGUUCUUCUCUGUCCACCUGUGAGGCCAGGUCAGAGCUGCUCCACACCUGGACUUGUGUUCUUUUGGUUUAGACCCAAACCAUUGGUAGGUUAUAGGCUCAAACACCCAAACAUUUAAAUCUCAGUUCAAAUAUUUACUUUAUGCACUACAAUUUAAGACAAUUACAACUACAUCCUUGCCUCAAUUAAUCUUCAAUAUUAAUUAAUUAAUAAAAGGAGUACAUCAACAGGGGGUAGAGUUUGGUGUAAAUGAACAUCAUUCUGUCCACUGAAGGUGGCCCAUUGAAAACAACAAUGGGUUACAAUGUAUUGUUCUGUACUGUUUAUAUUUUGAAGACUUUUGUACAUGAUCUACCUUUAGUGUUACAGGUUGAUUUCACUGAGUGCAGAUGUUUUCUACGUUUAAUUCUUUGUGGGUCAAAUGGACACGCUUUUGUGGAAACAAAGACAUUUUAGCUGGAGUUUCUGGUAUAUAGGUCUGGGUUAUCACUUAUUUACAUGGAGUUACAAUCACAAUAAUCCACCAUCAUGAAUUCAAGAAGACUGUCUGACUACUGACCUCCUUAACACUUACUACAUGUACAGAAAAGUACUUGAGUAUGUUGAGUAUGUUAUUUUCUGCCGUGUUCAGCUGUACUUGUUUAUCUACAUGUUAUGUAUGUUAUGUUAAACUGAGGAUUAACUUGUGAAAAAUGUUUAAAUUAUGAGUCAUAAUGCUUAUAUGAGAUUCAAAAACCAUAAAGAGAUAUAGACGUUGCUUGAGGUAGAAUCUGAACUUGUCAUAAACAAAAUAAAUGAAAGCUUGGAUCAAAU